AUGAUAUGUAUCUCUCUGGCUCACGCGCCUCAGGGAGAUAUGUUUUCCACCCAUCAACGUGAUGCGUUUUGGCUUAUUACAGAAAUCAUCGCAUUCUUGUGCAUUGCACCAGUAGUGAAUUCUGCAGAACAGUGUUGGGUGUGUGACAAUGUAAGAGAUAUCGCUACCUGUAAGAAUACCACAAUAAACUGCGGCGCCGAUGAGGAAUGUUUUCUUGCAAAAUACAUAAAUGACUAUGCGGAAACUCGGUACAGCGCUGGAUGCAGCUCGCGAGCAGUUUGUCAAGCUUUGCAAGCGUUGGCACAUGGACGAAGAAGUCUCGAUCAGUGUGGACAAUGUUGUACGGGAUCACAAUGCCAGGCAAACCUCUGCGGGCUCCAGCUAAGUGUGUUAAUAGCCUCAAAUGAAACACUGCCAACUUGCCUGUAUUGUCCUGACCUUGUUGUCGAUGCAUACGCCUGCAAAAGUCGUAAAACGUGUCUGGAUACAGAAAUGUGUAGUACCGCUAUACAUUUAGUCGGGGGACGGAUCAGAUAUGAAUUUGGAUGUUCUUCAAAGUCGCUUUGUGCAGCACUUGCCGGUAACGCACCUGCCAGUAACGUUCGGUCUGGUAAUAGCGGUGUAACGAUAUGCAGCACAUUCUGUGUCGGAAAUGACUGUAACAGGCAGGAUUGCUACACACUGCAAUCAAUUAUGACAUCAGGAAUUCCUGGAACGUCACAUCAUCACGUUUGAGUGCGGUGUUUCCUUAUCAUUAAAAUGUAUAGUGAUCGGUGAUGCUUAAUUCAAACAAAUAAAAUAAUUACAGCAGGUG